ACUAAUAAUGGGGGAUGAAAGCGGAGUUCAUUAAGGAGAUGUGUAAGGCGAAUCCAAGAAUCCCACUAAUAAUGGGGGAUGAAAGCGGCAGGACAAUAUUUCAUUAUGCCGUUGAAUGUCGUCAAGAAAAAGUUUUUAGUCUUAUAUAUCGGCUCAGUGAAUAUGAUAGGAAUCAUAUCUUAACAAGGGCAGAUAAUUUUAACAAUACUAUCCUACAUGCAGCAGGGAGUUUAUCUGCACAUCUUAAUCAUAUUCAAGGUGCAGCUUUGCAAAUGCAAAGAGAGCUACAAUGGUUUAAGGAGGUGGAGCGUAUUUUACCCCUCCAGUACUUGGAAGCAAGAAAUAAGACCGAGCAAAUAACAGCGCGAGAACUAUUCACCAAGAACCACAAAAAAUUGGUGAAGGAAGGAGAAGAGUCAAUGAAAGGGACAGCAACUUCUUGCACAGUCGUAGGUGCCCUCAUUGUUACCAUUAUGUUUGCUGCGGCAUUUACAGUUCCCGGUGGAAACAAUCAAGAUACAGGUUUUCCCAUCUUCUUAAGAAAGAAGUUCUUUAGGGUUUUUCUAAUUUCAGAUUCUAUAUCAUUCUUUUCUUCGACGACAUCAGUGAUGAUAUUCUUGGGAAUUCUCACAUCACGUUAUGCAGAAGACGAUUUCCUCAGGUCUUUGCCCACAAAAAUGCUAUUUGGCCUUUUCACCCUUUUUUUAUCUAUCGCCGCCAUGAUGGUUGCUUUUUCUUCAACUCUUUUUAUUAUGCUUGAGGGAGAAUCAUGGGUAUCUAUUCCAAUCAGUUUGCUUGCUGGAGUUCCAAUCGCCUCGUUUGUGUGGAUGCAGUUCCCCCUCUUUCUUGAUAUUUUGAAGUUUACUUAUGGAAGAGGAAUACUUGACAAGAAAUGCAAAGCCUGGGAAUAAAAUCCUGAUUAUGUGGUGUGAUGUUUGUCUUCUGAUGUCAUGUGAUGUUCGUCUUUGGCUUUGUCACUUUUAAGAAAUUUUUAUGAAACAUGUAAAGAAAACACAAUGUACGCGUGUGUUUCUAUAUAUCUAUUUCGUUCAAAUAAUACCAUCCUUAUAAUUAA